AUGUCAAGGAUAGUGGCGGACAAUAUCACCGACAGCUCGGCGUUUUAUGAUCGUCCGGCGAAUGCAGUGCCUUCUCCGACUCUCGGGGAGCUUUUGAAGUAUGUUGGAGAUAUUAGGAAGGAGGGGAAUGGAGAUGAGACGCCGGCGCAUCGUGUUUUGGAGAUGAGUGAAACCAGCAGUGAGCCUCGGUCGUUGCCGUUUGUUUUGUCGUUUAAUAAUCUGACGUAUAGUGUGAAGAUUCGUAGUAAGAUGGCGAUUCCGGCGGUGUUUGGGGGGAGGAGGAGGUUAGGUGGUGCACCAGCGACGUCCAUGGAGGCGGUUGGAGGAGAGAGGUUGUUUUCGAGGAGUAAGGUGUUGUUGAAUGAUAUCUCCGGUGAAGCUAGAGACGGGGAGAUACUGGCGGUGCUUGGUGCGAGUGGAUCAGGGAAAUCUACUUUGAUUGAUGCUUUGGCGAAUCGAAUUGCUAAAGGAAGUUUGAAAGGGACAAUGACUUUGAACGGCGAACAGUUGGAGUCGAGAUUAUUGAAGGUGAUCUCUGCUUACGUAAUGCAAGACGAUCUCCUAUUUCCGAUGUUAACCGUCGAAGAAACGCUGAUGUUCGCCGCUGAGUUCCGCCUCCCUCGAACGCUGUCGAAAUCGAAGAAGAAACUGAGAGUUCAAGCCCUAAUCGACCAGUUAGGGCUCCGGAACGCGGCCAAAACAGUCAUCGGCGAUGAAGGACACAGAGGAGUCUCAGGCGGAGAACGCCGUCGUGUUUCGAUCGGAAUCGACAUCAUUCAUGAUCCGAUUAUUCUACUUCUGGACGAGCCGACGUCGGGACUCGACUCUACCAGUGCCUACAUGGUGGUGAAGGUCUUGCAACGUAUUGCACAAAGUGGAAGCAUCGUGAUAAUGUCCAUUCACCAACCGAGUUACCGGAUUCUCGGUUUGCUCGACCGUCUCUUGUUUCUGUCCCGUGGACAGACGGUUUACAGUGGUUCUCCGACGAAUCUCCCCUUAUAUUUCUCCGAUUUCGGCCAUCCGAUUCCGGACAAAGAGAACCGGACUGAGUUCGCACUCGAUUUGAUCAGAGAACUCGAAGGAUCACCAGGAGGAACCAAAAGCCUCGUUGAAUUCAACAAAUCAUGGCAAAACCUCAAGCGAUCUCGAAACUCCAUCACCACCGGCUACGAAACACCAACACACGGCUUAUCCCUAAAAGAAGCCAUCAGCGCAAGCAUAUCCAGAGGCAAAUUAGUCUCCGGCGCCGGAGCCACCAACGACAUCAGUCCCAAUUCCAUGGUCCCUACCUUUGCGAAUCCAAUGUGGAUUGAAAUGGCGGUUUUAUCAAAACGAUCAUUCACUAAUUCACGCAGAAUGCCUGAACUUUUUGGGAUUCGGUUAGGUGCUGUUGUGGUCACAGGGUUCAUACUUGCCACCAUGUUCUGGAAUCUAGAUAAUUCCCCAAAAGGCGUUCAGGAACGAUUAGGGUUCUUCGCAUUCGCCAUGUCUACAACCUUCUACACCUGCGCAGACGCAUUACCCGUCUUCCUCCAAGAACGUUACAUUUUCAUGAGAGAAACAGCCUACAACGCUUACAGACGUUCAUCAUACGUUCUCUCCCACUCCAUAGUCGCAAUCCCAGCUCUCAUUUUCCUCUCGUUCGCAUUCUCCGCAAUCACAUUUUGGGCCGUCGGACUCGACGGCGGCUUUUCAGGUUUCGUCUUCUACUACUUGAUCAUCCUCGCCUCCUUCUGGGCCGGAAGCUCCUUUGUCACAUUUCUCUCCGGCAUCGUCCCUCACGUCAUGCUCGGCUACACCAUCGUUGUCGCCAUCCUCGCUUACUUCCUUCUCUUCAGCGGAUUCUUCAUCAACCGUGAUCGAAUCCCCAUUUACUGGAUCUGGUUCCACUACAUCUCCCUCGUCAAAUACCCAUACGAAGCAGUUCUACAAAACGAAUUCCAAGACCCCAUCAAGUGUUUCGUCCGCGGAACUCAAAUCUUCGACAACAGCCCUCUGGGAGACAUCGAUAACUCCAUGAAAGUGAAACUAUUACAAAGCAUGAGUAGAUCGUUAGGCGUAAGCAUCACCAGCACCACCUGUCUGACCACCGGCGCCGAUAUACUGAAGCAACAAGGAAUCACCGAUCUAACCAAAUGGAACUGCUUGUGGAUAACGGUCGCUUGGGGGUUCUUGUUCAGGAUCCUAUUCUACUUCUGCUUGUUGCUGGGGAGCAAAAAUAAGAGGAGGUAA